AUGGACGAUACAAUCGACGCCUCCUACUAUUUGGGUGGCAAGGCCGCAGAGGUGUCCAAAACUUUGGAUAUCGUCAUUGGUAGCGGUGAUAUUGUUACCAUUGACGAAUUGCCAGAUGACCCUCAGGAGCUUAUAUCCUUUUUGGAAGGAGAGUCUUGUGACGUGAAAUAUUGGAUCCUCGUUGCCCAGGCCUAUGCUCUGGACAAUAAGCUAGACGAGGCCAUCACCAUCGCUGAGAAGGGUGUUUCUAUCAAAUCCAAAGGCGACAAGGAUCGUUUGUUGAUUCUAUUGACUGCCAUCCAUUUUGCUUUCGUGAACAGGGGAGACGGUAGAGCUGACCAUUUGAAAAGUGCUCAAGAGGCGCUUUCUCAGGUCGAGGAUUCCAACUCUGUGCCUGUUCUCGUGUCGAAAGCCAUUCUUCAUGUCCACAAGGACGAAGCCGAGAACGCCUUGCAGCUUUUUGACCGCUUGUUAAAACUCGAUUCGACUAACUGCAUUGCAUUGCUUGGAAAGGCUCAGGUUACACUCAGCAAAACACAAAACUACUCAAACGCUUUGAAGAUCUACCAGCAGGUUUUGGUGUUGAACCCAUUGAUGAAGCCUGAUCCUAGAAUUGGUAUAGGUUUGUGCUUUUGGUAUCUCAAAGACCGUACAAUGGCUAUCAGUUCAUGGAACCGUGCUCUCGAAAUCGAUCCCGAAAAUUUCAAAGCCAAGUUACUUUUAACAUUGGCCAAGUUUGACAAUGUCUUCACCAACUCGAUCUCUGACGAGCGAUUUCUUGAAGGCUACAAAAGCGCAUUGGGCGAGGCCGGCGAUCUUCACAAAAAGGCUCCAAACGACAAGGUGCUUCUAAUCGUGCUCGCCUCGUACUUCUACUCCAAGGGUGACUACGAACUGGUUGAAAAGAUUGUCAAUAAGGUCGUUACAUCAUCUACUGAUGAAAUCGCAUCUGCCAAGUCUUCCAAAUUGACCUCGUUCAUCUCCAAGAUCCUUUCACAAGGCUCUUUUUGGUUGGGACGUGUUGCCUACGCUAAAAGCGACUUCACACAAGCGCAAAAGUAUUUCCAUGAGGCUAUCAGAUUAGAUGAUAACAAUUUGCUCGCCAAGUUGGGUUUGGGUCAAGCUCAACUCAGUCGUGGCUCAUCCGAAGAGGCAAUCAUCACUUUUGAGUCCAUCGUUAGAUCCAACUCCAAAUGUUUGGAGUUCAACUACGCUUUGGGCCUUUUAUACUCUCAACUGAAGUCGCGUUCCAAGAAUGAACAAGCAGUGCAAAUGUUGGAAAGAUACAUCAGAUUGUCUAACAGUCGUGGUUUGGCCGUCGCUAACAUGAAAGACGAUGAGGCCUAUCUCAAUAAGGAGCCAGUUGUCCUCAAUGCUUAUUUGCAAUUGAGUCAACUCUACCAAUCUAAGGAUAUCUCGCAAUCAUUGGUUUACUUACAUAAGGCCAUCGAAAGCAGGAAGCAGAUUGGUCUGGACGCACCAUUAGAAGUUUACAACAACAUUGGUGUAUUCAAUUUCAUCAAAAAUAACGAAUCCACAGCUGCGGAGAACUUCGCCAUUGCUCUUGAAAAAGCUGACCAAUACCAAGUCCCUGAGGAUGCAAUUGACGAAGCUGUGGUCGAUCUCGGUAAAGAUUUACGUAUCCCAAUUACUUACAAUUUGGCAAGAUCGAAGGAGUCUUCGAAUGAGGCUGAAGCUAUUGAUACUUACAACAAGUUGCUUGAAGAGUGCCCCAACUACUUCUCGGCCAAACUCCGACUCCUAUUUUUGGACGCUGUGUCUACUGAGAAAACACCUAAGAAAGAGCUCGAGGAAGAGAUCAAGACGCUUCUUCAAGAACAUGCUUCUAAUUUGGAAGUAAGAUCGUUUUAUGGCUGGUUCAUCAAGACAUUCGGCAAGAAGAUUGGUCUCAAGCCUGAUGCUGAUACCCAACAUCAGAAAGAAACUUUGGUUGACUAUGAUUCUCAUGAUUGUUAUGCCUUGAUCUCAUUGGCGAACAUUUAUUGUGUGAUGGCCAAGGAAAUCAAGUCCUCUAAGGAGGAAGAUAAGAAAAAGAAGUACUUCUUGAGAGCAAUUGAGUUGUUCACCAAAGUUUUGUCCAUCGAUGCUAAGAAUGUUUUUGCAGCACAGGGUUUGGCCAUCAUUUAUAUCGAAAACAAGGAGCAGACUAAAGGCCUUGAUAUCUUGAGAAAGAUUCGUGACUCAUUGAAUGACAUUUCAGUCUACUUGAACCUUGGCCAUGUUUUGGUCGAGUUGAAACAGUACUCGAAGGCUAUUGAGAGUUAUGAGAUUGCAUACGUGAGAUUCACGAACAGCAGUGAUCCUAAGAUUGUGUCUUUCUUGGGUCGUUCGUGGUAUUUGAGAGGCCUUGCGGAAAAGAAUUUGAGCUAUUUGAAGAAAGGACUUGAAUACUCGGAGGAGGCUUUCGCAAAGUCUUCUACCAACAAGAGCGCGUUGCUUUUCAAUGUUGCUUAUGUUAAGUUCCAAAUCGCUGAUUUCCUCAGUAAAUUGCCAACUGCACAAAGAACCGUUGAUGAUAUCAACCAGGCCAUCACUGAUUUGAACGAUGCUAUUUCAGACUUGAAUGCUCUCUCCUCCGAGGAAGAGAAGCAUCCUCCAUUCCCCAAGGCCGAAUUGAAGGCAAGAGCCAACAUGGGUACAACAACGUUGCUCAAUAGAUUGAACACUUGCCUUGAGGAAACCAAGGAGAAUGUGAACCAAUUGAACAGCAAGCUUGAGGAAGCCAAGAGGUUAAGACAGGAGGAAGAAGCGCGUAAGGCUGAGGAGGAAGAGCAAAGACUAGCCGCUCUCAGGUCGAAGCAGGAAGAAUUGGCCAAGGAGCGUGCUGUUUUGCAAGAGCAGGCACAACAAUGGGCUGAAGAGGCUAGACUGAAUGUUGUUGUCGAAUCUGAUGACGAUAAGGCCCUCGAUGAAGAGAAGAAGGAUGGCAAGAAGAAGAAGGGCAAGAAGACCCAAGCUAACGGGAAGAAGGGCGGCAAGAAGGGUGGCCGCAAAAAGAAGGAUUUCAUCAAUGACAGCGAUGGAGAAGAUGAGGCUCCACCAUCCGAUGAGAACGAACCUGAGGAGCCUGCCUUGCCAUCUGGAGAUGAGGAUGAUGAUGUUCCAACCAAAAAGACCCUGCGCAAAAAGCGUACAGUUGCCGAUGACGAGGAGGAGGAAGCUGUUGACCAGGCCCCAUCCAAGAAAAGAAAACAGUUUAAAUCGCAAGAGAUUGUGGAAGACUCUUCAGAUGAUAAUGAUGGGGACGCUGAUGGUCAAGAUGAAGACGGGCUUUUCUAA